CGGCCGCUUUGGCCAAUCGGCUGCCAAGGGCGCGCCACUCUUGGCCUGAAGAGGCCACCAGCGUGGCGUUGGAGCUGUGGCUGCGGGAGAGAAGCGGCGUUCCGGGAUUUGGCUCGUCAUGUUCCAGGCGGCGGAGACCGACUCGGCCAAGCCGAGCUCGAGGGUACUGAAACCACCUGGAGGGGGCUCCAGCAACCUCUUUGGAUGUCCAGAAGAGGUCUCCUCCUCUGUCAGACCACACAAGAUGGCAUCAAACAUCUUUGGAGCCACCGAAGAACCUCAGAACAUCCCAAAGAAAACAAAUCCUCCAGGUGGAAAGGUCAGCGGCAUCUUUGAGGACCAUAAACCUAACCCUUGUCGUCAGCUCACAAAUCCACCUGGUGGGAAAGCAAGCAAUAUCUUUGGAUCUCCCGAACCCGUCAACCCUGUCAGAGCGCACCCGAACAAGCCUAAGGAUCACAUUGUAUUGUGCGACAGAGGGGAGUCACCCCGGGAACUAAAACCAAAUGCUCCAAAAGACCAAAGACUGCAGGCGGCAGAUGCAUGUGAAAAGAAAGAGCCGCAGAAAGAAGCCCCCAAAGAACCGGGACCCAAGAUGGAAGACCACGAACCUCGGCUGGGACCACGGCCACGAUCACACAACAAAGUUUUGAACCCCCCCGGGGGCAAGUCCAGCAUUUCAUUCUACUAGGGUGCAAAGCUCUUUCCUCUUCCCCAACGGAGUCAGCCCAGAAACGCGACCCCACGUAUUUGAAGGCAGAACUUACAGGCUAGCUUGGGUGGUGUUUGCAGGAGGAGGGGCUCGAUGGUUUGGCUGCAGGCAGAAAUCAGUGUUUGGCUGCAGGCAGAAAUCAGCGUAGAGCUGUAUUUCUCAGCUUUAAAGAUAAAGACCAGAUGCACGAAGGUGUUUUUCUAUCUGCACUAGACAGAGCACAGUGGGGAGGCUGGCUUGAAUUCUGAAGGUCGGUGUGAACAGGGGGGGCGGGGGGAGACGGGGACACUCCUGCAGUCUGUCUUGUAGAAAAAUGUGGGCAGAGGAGGGGAGAGAGAGCAAGUCACCUUCUGGUUAAAGAUCUUGCUUGAAACAUAUCCUGCAACCACUGAUUAUCUGAAGCGGCCUCCGAAGCCUUUAACUUUGUGACGGUUGCCUUGGCAACAUUUGCUCCCGCGAUCUGUGCUGACAGAAAUGCCCUGCACAGUCCCUCGUCCAGGUGCUUAAGGGGGUGUGGACGUGAGGAUGGCGCUGAGGGUGUUUGCUGUCGCAGGUGGAAUUUUAACCCUCCGCGUGCCUGUGAAAAGUCUGCCGACCCACUCUUUGUAACCUUAGACCUUGAAGCUGAGCCAAGCAGGCCGCCGAGAUGGCUCUAUUACAUCCCAUCGCUGGCCUCCAAGUCAAAACAGAUGCUCGGAAGGUGCUCGCUUCCUUUGGGCUCUGAACCGCCCCUGCCCUGGAAAACCAACCGGACAGGUCUGGUUCUGUGCUGACUCUGUUGGCAUCUUUGCUUUCCCGCCUUCUCAACCUUCAGUAGCCUUUGGCAGCCAGUUCUGCCUAGCCUAUGGGGCCGCCUCAAUCCCAGGAGAUGGUAUCAGUAUUUCUGACGAGACGGUGGUUUGUGUGUAUUCCGCCCCUUCUUUCUCCUGCUAGUCCAGGUGAGGGAAGGAGGGUCCAUGGAAAACGGUGGCAGGGGGCUGUAGUGGCCCCUUUCCCCAACGUUAUACCAUACCAGCUCCAGGGGACGAUUUGGCCAGCCUGUCUGGGAAAGGACUGUCCUGCCAGGUCACUUACCUUAAGCUGUAGCUGCCUUAAGCUGUCUCUUUCUCUUCAUCUGGUCAGGGACAGUUCCAGAUUCCUUGCAAUACGAUGCUUUUGCCGCACGUGGGCUGUCGACAGUAGUUUGCGAUUGUAUUUCUUGCGACCUCUCUCGCAGGGUUUCUGGUUGCAGGGGAAGCCGAGGAGAAGUUUCUUCGAUUUCAAUCACUUUCCUUAGCAUUUAUUCUUUGCGAAUAGUAUCCCGGGAUUGUCGACAGUGGUGUGGCUUGCCCCUUAACUCCAUCCUGUGUAGAGAUUUCGCAGGCGUGCCAAAGAACAAAGGUCUGUUUAUGGAACCGCUCUUGAUGCAUCAGCAGAAAUGCAGGCUCGCUGGUUCUGAGGAGUUAGCGCUGUGCCAGAUGUCGAGACGAAACUGGAGUUCUUUUAGGAUCCGGAUGCUUUUAACGAAUGCAGAGCAAGUGAUUUCUGGGUUCUUUGGGAGGGGAGAAUGGCCGUGGGGGUCACUUUUUAUGACAUCUUUUGCGGUGAGAAUCUGCUCCCUUUAAACUGGUGCUGAACAUGAAUGAACCCUGGAGUGAGUUUGUCCCAAAAGGGCCGAAGACUGGCGUUUGGCGACUCUUAAGCCAGAGCUUGCUCUUCUGUGUAGUUUGCAUUUUGGACUUUCUACUACGAAAGUUAAACCAUGCGGGGCUGAAAUUUUAAAAAAGUGCAUUUUCACCUGUGCCUCUGUUUUGGGUGGCUUUUCAGCAAAGCCUUAAAUUAUUACUGACUUCGUUGUGCCAUUUUUCCCCUCCCCCAAGAUGUAGCUGGUGGAGGGCACAUCCUGUAUCAAGGCGAAAGGGUGCUGUUCCAAGAGGGUAAUGAAUGGCUCGGAUCUGUGAAUCAUGUACUGCAUAAUAAACAGCCUGAUUUUGCUA